AGAUGUGACAGGAUGUUGUUCGACAUAAAGAUUUCAGUGGCUGGUUGAGCCUGAAUUCAAGCAACCGUAGUUACCUGCAGCUGUUAUCCUAACCCUUUAUUCGAUGCUCAUUUGCACCGACCAUGCCGUUGUUAUCGACUGUUGCCAAGCAUUUUCCUUCCAAGGCUGGGUUGUCCCGAGAACAGCAUUUAACGUAGCAGCACCGUAUUUUCGAGCGCGCCAAGACGAAGGACAAGCGAAAAAGAAACGCAAGACCGAACCAAGCGUAGCAGAAUUGCAGACAGAGCAACAUCAUGAAUCGAUUAGGACUCUUUUGCAAACGGUCCUUGACGAAGUACAAUCGGUCUGGUCUCGCGUAACUGUGGAGACAUCAGAUCGCCAAGACGAGCCAGCGGUUGAUCCAAUUAACUUUCCAGCUCUUCAAAGUCUAGUGCAAGCCAGCCAACGCUUCAGCAACAUACCCGACGUUGACGGUGACAGCGAGGCUACCAUCUGUUCUUUAAAAGAUCCAGUUACUGAAUGGGAUACAUUAAGUGUUUUCAAUCGGAUCAUCACCAAUCCUUCGAAGGACACUAGAUCGCUUACUUUGUCACCGACAGCGAGGUACUUGAUUCCGCCACAGGCCUCGUUUUUGAUGAGUGAUAUGGAGGAUAUGUAUCCGUUGACGGAAUAUGGUAUAAUCUCGAUGAUCCGUUCUGUGAUUUGAAGGAAAUUUUGACUGAUUUAACCCAUUCAUGCAGCCGAAAAACUUGACGGAUUCGAUUUUGUGGUUCUUGAUCCGCCAUGGCCCAAUAAGAGCGGUAAAUCACUGAAAUGGUCUUGCUAAUGCCAGCGCAUCAUACUGAUCU